UUACUACAUGCUGCAACCCCCCUCCUCCUGCAGCCCCACAGCCAGAGAUGCUGCCGCUGGAAGAGCCCCCCAACGGAGGCUGGGGGUGGCUGGUGGUCCUCGCGGGGUUCCUGGCCAACUCGCUCACCUUUGGCGUCCUGCGGUCCCUCAGCGUCCUCUUUGAAGACCUAGUGGAGGCUUUCGAGGCCACCACGGCCCAGGUGUCCUGGGUGACGGCCAUUGCCCUGGCGACACAGCAGUUUGCAAGUCCCCUGGGCACCGCGGCCAGCACACGCUAUGGAGCUCGUCCGGUUGUCCUGCUGGGCGGUUUAGUCUCUUCGUUGGGCAUCUUUGGGGCGUCCUUCAGCACCAGCUUGCUCCAGCUGUACCUCACCCUGGGGUUCCUGACAGGCUUGGGCUGGGCACUGGCCUUUGCCCCCGCCAUGGGCACCCUGGCGCGCUACUUCUCCUCCCGGCGCUCCCUGGCCACGGGCCUGGCCCUGACUGGGAACGGGCUCGCCUCCUUUGCCCUCUCCCCGCUGCUGCGCCUACUGGCCGACUCUCUCGCCUGGCGAGGUGCUUUGCUGGCCACGUCGGCCUUGGGCCUCCACCUGCUGAUCUGCGGGGCCCUGCUCCGGCCCCUGGUUCUGCGGGGAGACCGGCCCGAGCCGAGCGCCACCUUUGAUUUGGGCCUCCUGGCCCAGCGGGGCUUCGGGGCCUUUGUCCUGGGCACUGCCCUGCUGGCGGCCGGGUACUUCACCCCCUACGUCCACCUGGAUGCCUACGGCCGGGCCCUGGGCAUGGGGCCGUACCAAGCCGCCUCGGUGGUCUCGCUGGCCGCGCUGGCCGAUGCCCUGGCCCGGCUGCUGGCCGGCUGCCUGGCUGACCGGCGCUUCCUGCCGCCCGUCUGCCUGCUGGUGCUCUUCAACUCCUUGGUGGGGGGCACUCUUCUCUUCUUCCCCGCCACCUCCUCGUAUGCCAGCCUGCUCACCCUGGCCGUGCUCUACGGCUCCAGUGCAGGAAGCUUUGCCACGGUUGCCUUUGGCGUCCUGCCGGAGCUCGUCAGCGUUGCCCGCGUAGUGAACGCCACGGGACUGUGCCUGAUGUCGAUGGGUGUCGGGGGGUUGCUAGGACCCCCCCUCUCAGGCCUUCUGCGGGACCAAACGGGAGACUUCACUUCCUCGUUCCUGGUCGGUGGCACCUUCGUCCUCUGUGCCAGUCUGGUUUUUCUUGCCCUGCCCUCCACCAGCUGCUGCAGCACCCAGCCAGAUGAGAUGCCCAGUGCCAAGGGACAGCAGAAGCCUCCCUGCCCCCUGCCCACCGCCCCUCUUGCCAGGAGGCAUUUGGAGAUAUGA